UUCCCUUCUCUUUUCAUGGGUUUCUGGAAACCUGAGUCUGGGUUUCUGGGUGAAGAAGCCCAAGAGCUGUCCAGGGUGUAUCUCUGUCUCCAAACAUCUUUCAGCUCCUCUUAGGGGCUUUCCACUCCCAGCCUCUCCUCCUCUCACUGGUGGGGGAGGAGGUAGCAGAGCUUCCUGAGGGGAAGUGACUGGCAAGUGUCACCGUCUGAUGAAGUGAGCUGUAGCUCACGAAAGCUUAUGCUCAAAUAAAUUGGUUAGUCUCUAAGGUGCCACAAGUCCUCCUGUUCUUUUUGUGGAUACAGACUAAAGCGGCUGCUACUCUGAAACCUCUGGCUCUAGGGAAUUAAAAGAUCAAUUUUUAAAUGUGAUGGAACUAUAAAUAUAUAAAGAACACAGGCCACACAGUCUCUGAAUGGCGUCGGAGAUCAUCUACGCCGAGGUGAAGUUUAAGAAUGCACCACCACCUGCAGAGGCCACAGUUUCUUCACCCUUAGCACACCUAGAGAAGAGAAUAUCCCAGAGUGCACCCCAGAAGCACACCCAGUGGCUCCCAUGGCUGAUUGCUGCACUCUUGCUGCUGUUGGCUCUCUCUCUCCUCAUCGCCCUCAUUGUUACCCAGGUUGGCCUAAGGACAAAUCAAAGCUGUGAAGAGUACGAGAUGGUGAGGCAGUAUCUCAGGAAGAGAAACUGUGUUGAAGAAGAACCUGAUGGGAAAGGGCGAGUCUGGAUGUGCUGUCCCAUGGGCUGGAAGCUCUUUCAGGCCAGCUGCUACUACUUCUCGAAAGACUUGAUGACCUGGGAUGACAGUAAGAGGAACUGCACAGGGAUGGGCUCCCACCUGGUGGUGAUCAACACAAGAGCUGAGCAGGAUUUCAUCUUCACUCGGGUAAAUGGAACAGUUACAGGCCACCAACGAAGGAAUUACUGUAUUGGUCUGACUGAUCAGGAGAAGAAAAGACAGUGGCGCUGGGUGGAUGGGACUCCAUAUAACAAUAUUGCAGCGUUCUGGAGACCUGGGGAACCCAGUCAUCACACCAAUGAGAACUGUGUUGUCAUGUAUGUGUCGGCAAAACAAAAUGCAUAUGGUAACAGGAAUUGGAAUAACGUCCCUUGUUCCGAUACAUUUCAUCGAAUUUGUGAGACUGCAGCACUUAGAUUUUGAGGAAGAACCCCCAUCCUGGAUGUGAGACUGGAGAGUCCCCCUAUCUCUUGCUUGGGUCAGCUCCCAGAGAGAUCUGGUGGGAGGGUUUUGAUCAGCCCUGGGCUAUCAUGACAUUGGGCUUAGGUGGUGGAGGAUGAUGUUGGGGCCCAAACUCUCUCACUAGAUGGAACUAGUGGUUCCCAGACUUGUUCCGCCGCUUGUGCAGGGAAAGCCCCUGGCAGGCCGGGCCAGUUUGUUUACCUGCUGCGUCCGCAGGUUCAGUGGUGGCCAGUACAUCCCUUGGCUCGCGCCGC